AUGGCGCUUGUGGAGCCUCUGGUGGGGCACCUGCUGUCCAAGUACGCGGACACCGUCAUGGAGGGCCUGACGAAGAUCCGCAGCGGCGCCGCGUCGGAAGGGUCAUUCGCCACUGAGUUCCUGCUACACCCGCAGGGGUUCGUCGUGCUUCAGGAGCUGAUGCAAAGGCGCGAACUCUGCCCGGUUGCGCUGCAGACAGUGACGCAGUUGGUUGAGACGUGCGACAACGUGGGCGUUCGCUCCAGUGCGCUGCGGGACAUGUGCCGGGGGAAGCCGCUAUGGGUGCUGCGAAAGGCGCUUGCCACUCUCUCGGAUGCGACACUGCCAACAACAAUGGCCGCACUGCAAUUCCUUUCCGUUGCUGCCAAGUAUGUCCCCAAAGUGGUGCUUUCCAGGUUUGAUAACGUUGUGCCACUUCACUUGUCGUGUUUUCGACUCCAACUUCCCUACUCCCAGAGACGUGUUCGAUUGGCGAGGACAGAGUUCCUACUCAACCUUGUUGUAUCCGCGCAGGCGAGUGCAGUUGAGAUGGUGUUGUGCACUCACGGCUACCUUACUCACCUGCUAGAAGAUGCCGCGGAACUCCUGCAGGAGGGUACUGAAGUGGGGGUGGAUGUUGCACGUGCGGCGCUACGCGUAUUUGGGGAGCAGUUCAUGGAGGGCCGCAUUCCACCAUCACAGAAGCGCACGGUUCUGUUGGCACAGAAGCACAUCAUACGUCUUCUUGUUAAAGCACUCGACUAUACGUUGGUAUCUGAAUACGCGGCCAAUAUUUUGUACCGCAUGGCGGUGGAACUCGUGGAGUCUCCAUCGGACUACCAGGUGAUGCGCCUCGAUGCAGAAGACAGGGGAAUGCCGAACUACCUGCUCUUCUUCAUCCUGCGGCAGUUGCGGCCGAAGAAUUCCCCUGUCUCUGCACGUUUGGUAAUCUUUAUUCUGCAUCAGGCGCCGGAUUUAAUUCGCCCCUAUUUCACAAGAGUUUCUGCCCAUCUCAGUGAUGACGGCAAUAGUUCCCGCAUUUCUGAAACUACGGCAGCUGUGGCUACGUUGAACUUGAUGACGCGGGCCAUGCUGGCGCCAAUCCCGUAUCACUUAGCCGCUGCUAAGGCGAAGCUUCAACCUGUCGAUGCGAAGGCGGUAACAUUCUUCACUAUGAAUGCAGAACACGUUGUGGAGGAGAUAUCCCCUGCCUGGGUGGCUGAAUAUGUGCAUCGUCUUAUCAUUGGAUCUAGUGACCUCCUGAUGCUUUCAUUUGCCAUUCAGCUGACACACGCGAUCCUUACACGGGCGAAGAGCAUCCUACGCCUUGUCCUGAAGCUCCAGGAUACGCAGUGCUCUGAGGAAAACAAUGAAGGAAACCGCCAGGAAUGGGAAACGUGGGAUGCGAAGGUUCAAGCGGCUCUUUUGAGGGCUGUUCCUCGCCGAGAAGAAUUCUGGCACCGCAUGACACAGCAGCUUCACCCAAUGUUGGCACCACAGCCUCGUCAAAAAGAAGGCGCCGAGCCAAAAUUCGCAGAGAAAGCCACCUUUCUAUCGCAGCGUAUGUACCUCCUUAUGGAGCUCUAUGGUGAGGUGUUUGAUCUGCGCAUGUCGUGGCUUAGCGCUGUUCCGUCAUUUCUCCCGACAUUUCGCGCAUGUGCUCGUCCCAUUGAAGAUGCGCUUCAUCGAGGAGAAGGUGUGGUUACAACAUGGCCAGCCUCCAGCAUCUCUGCUCUUUGUUCGCUUCUUGUCUCAACUCUCUCGAGGGGUGCACCCAUGACAAAGCUCUAUCAUAUCACGAUGAGCAGCCCGAAGAAGGGUGUCUUGGAGUGGCCGCUCUUACUGAGUGUGAUGCUGUGGGCAGUAAAGCACCGCAGUCCCAGUGACGAGGACAGUCAAGUGGCAUGGGCAUGGGUGGCGCGGUUGAUUCAAUGGACCGUGCACAGCGCGACGGUGCGCUUCGUGUGUGAGUUGGAGGAAGCCUUCUUAUGGCUCACGGUAUUGGACGAGUCAACACUGCCAUGUUUUCUGCAUCUGAUCAACUACUUGCUGCAGCGGAGUUUGUCAAAGUCUGCCGACCGCAUUGCACAGGAGCUGAUGCAAGGCGACACGGGUGUUAUUGUCUGCGCCGCCCGUGCCUUUACGACGACCAAAGGCGAGGGAAAAACCGCAUCUGAAGACGUCGCCGCGGAGACAGCCAAGGAGCAGCAAACGAAAAAGAAACCGCAGAGGCAGCAACAUAAGGAUAACCGUGCAGAAGGCGACAGCCAAUUGUGGGCUGAGGACUUGCGAGAGCACUUAAAUGCGUUCAAGGACGCAACGGAAAAGGUUGCGAACGAGUGGUCGUGUCGCAACCAGCGCAUGAGAGAAAUGUUGCCAAGCGUAUUUGGUGCGUAUAAUAGUCAAUCUGGCAAGCGGCGUAUUGCUUUGACGGUUCUGCAAGCCGAAAAGGAGCACCGGGCCCUGCGGCCUCUGCAUGAUCAAGUCCGUGAAUUCUGCAAGACGCUGCAACCACUGACGCCAGCGACAGACGCAGAAGAGGAGCUGGAAUUGCUCUCGCUGAUCCGCAGCGGCUCAGUGCGAGAGCUGCGGCAGCGAUUCACCAAGUGCCGUGCCUCCGUCUGGUGCACGUAUCCGACAGCUGGAUGGGAACUCGCGGGGUUUCUUCUGCGAUGCCUCAACAGGCAGGGUGGGAAGCUGAAGGAAGGCCCCGACGAUGCGGAGGAUGGACUUGAGAACAUUGCGGCGUUGUGUCGAUCACUGCUGAAGUGCGUCGCAGACGAUGCAAGCGCCCUCGCACAAGUUCUCCUUGAUCGUAGUCGAGCUGAAGGAAACUUUGUUGGGUUUCUUUUGUUCCUCUUGGCAGCUCUGAGGUUGCUGUUGCACGAACAGGUCGUGCGUCCAAUUUCAAAAUUGUCGCCAAGGAAUGCCUUCCUUGAUGAGGAUACAGCGAAGCAGUUGUCAAGUCUUCUUCUGCGUACGUACUCGGGAACUGUGUCCACCACGGAUCGCAUUCGAUACACCACACUCCUUACGAUAUGCUACCUGCAACGGCAACAGCAGCAGGGCGACUUGGGAAUCACAUCGGUAGCUGCUGACGGUAUUGAUGAGGUGAGCAGCAAUGAAGCUGACGGGGAGACGGGGGAAUCGCGCAGGCAUGCCACUACGGGCGUCUUCAGUGGUGUUGUGGUGCCAGGAGCGUUCAUGGACCACCGUUUCCUUAUCAUGAACCACCAGAGCGCGCCAAACGUUGCCCCAGAGGUCGAUAUGAUGUCGCUGCUUGUCGACACAUGGACAGACGAGGAAGUCUCUACUGCCGCCUUGCAGUGCCCCUCACGGCUUCACAACACGAUACUGGUGAGUGGCAAGGACGAUGCCGGGUGGGACUUGUUGCGCAGCAUAUUUCCAGAGCUCUCCACGCCAGAGGAUGUUGCACUGGCAACAUUCGACACACUCACAGCGUCCACAGUAAUGGACCCACGCUAUCUGGUGCCGCUGCUCCACACCGUGCUCGCCAUGCCAGCAGAGCAGUUGCCGCGCAAGAACAUUGGCACCAAAUGCAUACCAGUUCUCAUGCGGUCACUUUCCUUCACCGACCCGCAGCUACGCCGUCUGGGGGCAACAGCACUGGGAGCUGUGUGGACGCCGAGCGGUCCGACCCGAAUUGUGGUCGGUUUUGCCCGGCUGAAGCUCACACAACUCGCUGCCAAGAAAGCGCGUCCUAUGAAGCCGCAGCAGCAGCAGCAGCAGCAGCAGCAGCAGCAGCAGCAACAACAAAAAGGAGAAGAAUCGGUGUGGGGAUGCCCGAGGCUCCCUGCUCCCAUCUCUGCCUUUCUGGUGAUGGCGCUGCGGCCCCUUGGUGACGCCGAAUAUCCCCUUCACAACGAUAUCAUGCGCUUCUUGAUGGAGACGCAGGAGGCCUUCUCGAAUCCCGUUCCACUUCAUCGAUUUCUGGUGUCUUUUCCUCUCGCGUGCAUCACAACGCCAUUGAUGAUAAAGCGCCACGAGGUAACUCAGGGAAAGGCGAAGGGUACCAUUGCGACUUCCUCUGCAGAAGAAGUGGUCCGGCAGCUGCGGUCUGAGGCACCUAUUCAUUUGGAUUUCAUUACCCGGCUGAUCCAGUUUGGCUGCCACACAAACGGCGACAUGAUGGCCCUUCUCCGAUCCGAGUCCCUCCAUGCGAUGAUGAUGAUGACCUCCAUGACCACUGCCUCCGCAGAAAUCCGUCUGCAAUUUUUGCAGUGCAUCCAUGCUGUGUGCACUACCUCAGCGGCCGUCGCAAAGCAGGCCAUGCAGGAUGGUCAGCUCCUGCAGUGGCUACUUGGUUUUGCGUGCCAGUUGACCAGCGAGUAUGGCGCGUCCGUUUACUUGUACGGUGAACCUCUCUUCAUGGAGGUGAUUUUGUUGCUGCAGAAGCUCUGCCCGCUUGCUCUCGCCUCGCCACUGCACGCGCAGCAGGUCGAGCAGCAGGUCGAACACAUUCGCGACGCUCUGGUCGCCAAUCACGUGACGACGAAGGACGUGCUGGAUGGAAUUGACGGCAUUCUGCGGGAGAUGCGCAGCGCAGAGACGCAUCCGCCAAUGCCGCUGCAACGGAAGCGGUGGGCGCCCCACAACAACGGACGCACAGCGGCCAAGGUGAGGCGGAAGUGA